AUGGCUAGCGAGAUCGAGCCUGCGGAGGUCCCUCCCGCCAUGGGAGUCCUUCCUUCCUACACUGAGGCCAACGAGCACUACCCCCGGCGAAUGGUCCCGCGUGCUGAUGGUGCCCUCGCUCGCCUCGACCCCAGCGUCACGCUGGAGGAAUACAUGUACUGGGCCGGCAUUGAGCGUGAGUUAGAAGAAGAGGACAACCGGCAGUAUGUUGAGGAACGCGGACCCCUCACCGUCGGCAAGGUCAUCAAAGGCCGCUUCUCCAAGGGUGUUCAUCACGAGAAUGAGAAGAAGAGGCAGAGAGAGAACGAGGCCCUGGAACUGUCGGGAAAUGAAAAGUCGCCCGAGGGCAAAGAAGGCAUGAUCACAUCCACCCCCUCGGACCCGUCCCUAGCCGUGUCUGAUGAGGAAUGGAGAACGGCGGCCCGGGCCCUGCGGACGGCCAGUUGGGGAACCGUCUUUUAUCUGAUCACCACCGACGUGUUGGGUUGGGCAAAUGCCCCAUUCGUCUUCGCGAGUGUGGGUUACGGUCCCGCCGUGGCCUUGUUCAUUGUUUUCGGUUGCUUUGCUGGCUUCAGUGGCUGGAUUUUGUGGAAGGUGUUCCUGGAACUCGAUUCGACCCGUUACCCCUUGAUUAACUUUGGUGACACCUAUUAUCGGGUCUUCGGUCCCUGGGCCCGCCAUCUGGUGAACAUCGGACAGUCGUUGCAGCUGCUCAUGUCCGUCUCUGUGCUCAUUCUCGGCAACGGCCAGACGCUGUCUCAGCUGGCCAACAACAAGCUUUGCUUUGUGGUAUGCAUGGUGGUCAUGAUGAUCAUCGGUAUGGUCUUCGGCAGCAUCCGGUCCCUGCAGCGUCUCGGAUGGUUGACCAACGCCGCGGUCUGGAUGAACAUUGCGGAUUUCAUCAUGAUCAUGGUUGCCGCCGGUGGCCACUAUGGCAUCGACUACCAGGCCGCGACUUCGUCCACCCUGAUCAAGGUCAUCGAGCCCAUCAAGGUAUUCGCCGGACCCCCACCCGACAAGUACCAGAUGCAGGCCACUGGCUUUGCGGGCCAGUUCACCGGUGUCGACCAGAUGGUUUACAGUUAUGGCGGUGCCAUUCUCUUCGUCUCCUUCCUAGCCGAGAUGCGUCGUCCAUGGGAUUUCUGGAAGGGAUUGCUCUGCGCUCAGCUGUUUAUUUGCAUUGUCUACAUCUUCUUCGGUGCCUUCGUCUACAGUUUCUACGGGCAAUACUCUAUCUCCAACAUCUACAACCUCGUUGAGCCGAAGGGGUUGCAAAUGGCCGUCAAUAUCGUCUAUUUCUUAACGUGUAUUAUCGCCUGCAUCCUCUACUUCAACAUUGGCAUGAAAUCCGUCUACCAGCAGGUCUUCAUGGAGCUUCUUCACUUCCCUGAUAUCUCCACCUUCCGUGGUCGCAUGCUCUGGUACGGCCUUGGCCCCAUAUAUUGGGCCAUCGCCUUCGUCAUCGCCGGUGCCGUCCCCAACCUUAGUGGUAUCUCCAGUAUGGUCGGUGCCGCCCUCAUUCUCAACUUCACCUACACUCUUCCGGGUAUCCUCUAUGUCGGAUUCCGCAGCCAGAAGGAUGCUGCUCUUCCGGGCGAGGGAUACAAUCCCGCCACUGGUGUGACUACUCGCCACGACAGCGGCUGGAAGCGCUAUGCCCGUGGAUUUAAGAAGAGCUUGUACAUCAACCUGUUCUGUAUCUUCUACUUCUGUGGUGGUCUGGCCUGCUCUGGUAUGGGUAUGUGGGCUGCCAUCACAAGUUUGAUCCAGAUCUUCGCUCCGGGCGGCACAGUUGCCACCUCGUUCGGGUGUGCUGCCCCAGUCUAG